GCUGCGCGGGUCCUCAGCACUGUCGCUUUAAGGAUGGAGUCAAAACAAAGCGUGGGUUAGCCGGCCGCACGGAAGUGUCUGUUCCUGCCAGAAAUGAAGGCUGAGGUGAAUCUGGACGCAACCGUGGCCUCUUCCCUUCUGUCCUGAUGUAACGUGGGACGUUCUUUCAUCUGUUCAACCCUGUUAUUGUUUUGACGAAGGCUCCCAACAAGCGUGCUAAGAGCGUUAGCUGGCAGCACCGCCGCGCGCGCGCCGCCAUGCCUCCCUACUCCGAAUUGAGGAAAACCAACCACUUUUACUACUUCAUCAAAUUCACCUUAAACGUCUACUCCAUGAUCUUCUCGCUCGUGGGCCUGUGUGUGCUGUGUGUGGGAUUAUACGCUGAAGUGGAACGUCAGAAGAAUCGGACCCUGGAGGGUCUCUUCCUGGCUCCUGCUGUGGUGCUCAUCCUGCUGGGUCUGGUGAUGUUCACUGUGUCUGUGGUGGGCAUGGUGGGCUCGCUCAGGGACAACAAGACCUUGCUGCACAUGUUCCUCUGUGUUCUAUGCGUGCUGCUGCUCCUUCAGGCCAUUGCUCUCGCCACCGCACUUGUCUUUGAGAAGAAGACCUCUUCCUUAUUUCAGAGCAGCAUCCGUGAGGGGAUCAAACACUACUACGAUGACCUGGACUUUAAAAACAUCCUGGAUUAUGUGCAACAAAAGUUCUCAUGUUGUGGAGGCGAUGAAUACCGGGACUGGGGAGUCAACCAAUACCAUUUCUGCAACGGCACCGGUCCAUUGGCGUGUGGCGUUCCAUACACCUGUUGUGUGCGAGGCAAGGUCGGAGAAGUGAUCAACACUCUGUGUGGAUACCAGACUCUGGAUAAACAGCGUGAAACUCUGCAGGAGCUGAUCCACGUUCGAGGCUGCAUCCACGCCGUCAACCUCUGGAUGGGUGACAACAUUGGGAUCACCAUCGCACUGUGCUGCGCCGUCGGCCUUCCUCAGCUCCUCGGCAUCAUCCUCAGCUGCGUCUUCUGGAACCUGCUGGUGGACAUGAGCGAGUCGUCUGACAUGGUGGACUUCAAGCUGAAGAAGGUGGAGUUUGCCUACAGCGAGCUGGACCUGGCCGGCGCCGGCUGGUGCAUGUGUCUGCCCAGGGACGGCGGCUACCUCCCCGUCCCCGCCUCCGAGCCGGAGCUGGACCCCAUUGACAUUCACCUGGAGAAGCUGAAGAAGCAGCCGCCUCGCACGCACUCCCAGCUGCGAGAGCUGCAGCAGUCCAGGUCCGCCACCGGCCUGGACGAGGUGGACGUCGGCCGCAAGCUCAAAAGGGACCACUGAGUUCUUCUGGUUUUGACCUUUCUUGCCUUUGUGGGUUUUGCCUUUGUUUUCAGUCAUUGCAAUGAUUUUACAUUAAAUGGAGUUGUGUUGCACUAGUUGAAGGGUGAGACUGUCAUCUCAAGGGAUCUCAAGUGAUUCGGCACUUUUUCCUUUACCUUAAAACAAUCGGCGACGAUGGCUUUUUUUUAUAAAAGUAAUUGUUCUUUUUUUGUUUUGUUUGUGGCAGUUUUCCUGUUUUUAGCCUUUGACAUUGAGCGAGGUGUCACGUGCUCAAGCUUACCUCAGGCUGCGCAAGACGCAGCCCAGUAGUCAGAGGACAGAACUCUUUGGUGUGUAAAUUCACGGUAGCUUGAAAAGAACCAGUGUACCAGAACUACUGUAGGAAUAGCCGAGUAUGUCUUGCGUGUAGCGUCUGUGGCGGAUGUGUACAGUUUGUGUAUUAUUUCCGUUUGAUGACCGUUUGAUUUUGUGCAAUUGGUGUACAUUGUUAGACUGACAGUUGUGGAAUAACAUGGGAUGCAUGUUUUGUACUGUAUAUUAACAAAGGAAACUCAGUUUACAUGGUAUGCUCUCAUGAGACGGGGGUUUGAUCUGAUACCAUUUUUUUAAGAGCAAACUUUUUAUUCCAUUCUUCUGUUGGAAAAAAAAAGGACAAUACAAUGUCAGUGACAAGCAAUUGUGUCAUGUUGUUUUUAAUCUGAUUUAUGCACUGUUUUUAAGCAUCCCCAGCUCCUGCCUUGUGCCAGCACAGAGGUUCAUGUCAAUAAAGCUGAUUUUGUCUAAA